UGAUAUAUCAUAUGUGAUGAUAAUAACAGACCUUUUUUCUUGACUGACCAUUGAGUCCAUCGACAAACAAACACUUACAUUGAUUAUCGGCGGACAAACAACACUCUUGACCGACGUUUUGUUUGAUUCACCCGAUAGUGGGACAAACGGUUCCUCCCGUUAAAUAUAUAUAUCGUUAGUUUUACUGUUUUGUUUGUCGAUCGGUGACAAUGCCUUUGGCCAAUCUGGUGGUGCCGUGGAGUCAGACCAACAAUGAGGUCAUCACAUCGACUCCCAGUCCCGAAGAACUUCCCGUGCAGUCGUCGCCGGCACCCGAAGGCCAGCAAACGAUUGAAGACGAAAAUUCGACAAUGGAUAUUGAGACCAGUCGUGACAAUUCAGUUCAAGAGAUAGAGGUAACAAAUGUGACCAAAGAGGGUCAUCCUAACGGUGAUCCCGGCCACUUCUCGCUGCUCCGAGUGCUCGGCGAGGGAUCGUUCGGCAAAGUGUUUCUGGUCAAGAAGAUUGUCGGACCCGAUGAGGGAAAUCUGUACGCAAUGAAAGUGCUCCGAAAGGCCACACUUAAAGUGAGAGACCGGGUCCGCAGCAAAAUGGAAAGGGAUAUAUUGGCGGAAGUGAGACAUCCAUUCAUUGUUAAACUAAAUUAUGCAUUUCAAACGGAAGGAAAGCUAUAUCUAGUACUCGACUUUCUCAGAGGUGGAGAUCUGUUCACUCGUCUCAACAAAGAAGUAAUGUUUACAGAAGAAGACGUCAAGUUUUAUUUGGCAGAAUUAGCGCUAGCAUUGGAUCACUUGCACUCAUUGGGUAUAAUAUAUAGGGACCUAAAACCAGAAAACAUUUUAUUGGACUCUACCGGACACAUUAGUCUUACUGACUUUGGUCUCAGCAAAGAGUCUCUAAACAAUGAAAAGUCGUUUUCUUUUUGCGGAACCGUUGAAUAUAUGGCACCCGAAAUCAUUAGCCGAAAAGGUCACACGACUGCCGUGGACUGGUGGUCUUUCGGGGUACUCAUGUUUGAAAUGUUGACCGGAGUACUACCGUUUCAGGGGGCCAACAGAAAAGAUACAAUGCAGCAAAUAAUGAAAGCCAAGCUAUGUAUGCCUCAGUAUCUAAGUCCAGAAGCUCAGAGUCUGCUUAGAUGUUUAUUUAAACGAAAUCCGGCUAAUCGUUUGGGUUCGGGACCUGAAUGUGGGCGUGAAGUGAAAAAUCAUCAAUUUUUUUCAACCAUUGAUUUCGAAAAGCUUUACAAUAAAGAGAUUACACCACCAUUUAUACCAUCCAUUAGUCGUACUGAAAAUUUAUUAUACUUUGAUAAAGAGUUUACCAAUAAAGCACCCGAAGACUCACCGGGUGUACCUCCCAGUGCUAAUGCACACGAAUUGUUUCGGGGAUUCAGUUUUGUUGCACCCAAUCUAUUGGAUGAAGCAAUUGUGCCAAAUAUUGAAAACAACACAAAUGUUACCAACAGUUUUGAGUCACCCAUUAGGUCACAGUCUAUGUCGAGAAUUCUUUUGAGAACUAUUACUAAAUGUAAGGAAAGAUCACUUAAUGACUACGAAUUUUUUGAAGAGUUAGGCAAAGGAUCGUAUUCUUGUUGUCGAAGAUGUGUUCAUAAAGAAAGUGGUAAACAAUAUGCUGUCAAAAUUAUCGACAAAUCAAAGCGUGAUUGUUCUGAAGAGGUGGCAAUACUAUUGAGAUAUAGUCAACAUUCAAAUGUUGUYACUCUUUACGACGUCUACGAAGACACUUCUAAUGUUUAUUUGUUUAUGGAUUUGCUUACCGGCGGCGAACUAUUGGAUAAAAUAAUAAAUCAAAAAUUUUGUACCGAAAGAGAAGCCAGUGCUGUACUCGAAGUUAUUGCCAAUACUAUAAAAUUUUUGCACGAAAACGGGGUAGUGCAUAGAGACCUAAAGCCUUCUAACAUAGUAUACGCCGAUACCACUGGAAACCCUUCAUCGUUACGUAUUUGUGAUUUUGGAUUUGCCAAACAAAUGCGCGCCGAUAACGGCUUAUUGAUGACCCCCUGCUAUACCGCCAACUUUGCCGCACCAGAAGUACUUAAGAAACAGGGCUACGAUGAGGCCUGCGAUAUCUGGUCAAUGGGUGUUCUGCUUUACACUAUGUUAGCCGGUGGAACUCCAUUUGCCAACGCACCGACCGAUACACCGACUGAUAUUUUGCGCCGUAUUGGUGAAGGAAAGUUUGAUCUGACGUCUGGUAAUUGGGUUAAUGUUUCACUUUCAGCAAAGAAUUUAGUGGAACGUAUGCUUCAUAUUGAUCCCAAACAGCGCUACAGAGCCGCUGAUGUAUUGAAUCACGAAUGGAUUCGUUGUCGAAACAAAUUGCCGGAAACCAAUCUAACACAUCAAGAAGUGAGUCUUAUUAAAGCCAAUAUGGGUCUGGUAUUUGAGGCCAUCCAUAAGCCCGCAUCCAUCAGCUUAGAUCCAGUGACAACUUCUGAUUUAGCCCGACGACGGGCUAAUCGUGCAUCUCGUUCACCAAAUAGCCAAUCGUCAGAUAAUUAAUAGUUAAAUCUAUAAAUUUAGUUAAUUUUAAUYAAUUUUUAUCCAAUUUGUAAUUAUUAAUAUAAGUUUGUUGUCAUUCCUUAUUUAAAAA